AUGACUUUCUCCUCAAAUGGGAUGUAUAUAGCGACAGCAUCUGAACAGGGAACCAUAAUCAGAGUUCAUUUAAUUUCAGAACCAACUAAGUCAUACAGUUUCCGUAGGGGUUCCUAUCCAUCAACAAUCUUUUCCUUGUCGUUUGGGCCAUCAGAUAAUCUUCCAGAUAUUCUUCUUGCUGCUAGCUCUUCAGGUUCUGUCCAUAUUUUCUCCCUGAGAUUUGAUCUGAAUGAGAGGGGCAGAAAAUCAAAUAGUUUCCUUGGGUCAAUAAUGCCUGGUUCUGUAAGUGAUGUGUUGGAUCCAGCUCAUCAUCUUGUAUUUCAUCAUGCGUCUGCAGUCGGCAUUCGAAGUGAUGCUGUCAUUCGGAAGAUAGAGAAAGCAAGUGGUACUUCAAUGUCCGAACCUGUCGCAUUGAGAGCCACUGUAUCAGUGAUAACAUUUAUGGGGUACUUCCAAGAAUAUUGUUUGAGAAUAAACUACAAAAACGAAGCUACUUGGACAUUGGAGCACGAGUUUAAUCUUCUUACGGCUGUUGCAAAACAUACUGCAAGUUAGAUAAUGUUGCAUUGCAUAUGACGUUCACGGUUGAUCUCAAACUAGGUUCGUUAACUCAGAUGUGUGUGCGUCUGUGUACAUAUCAUUUACUGUAAUGAUGAAUGCUUGACCCACCACUUUGGGGCUUGUGAUUUCUGGUUAUGGAAUAAUAGGGCAGUCCAUUGCUUGAUUAUAUUUGACAUGUGCUGACAACUGCUCUCAAUUUCUAUCCAGUUCCUGCUUCUGCUUCUAU